AUGUGUCUCCGCGCAACGCACAUUGAGCAGCACAAUCUCGGCUUGUGUUUUUCCAGCCGAGAUUCUCUCUGUUGAUGAGGAAAACACUUUGAUGAAGGAAUCUAUGGAUUUCACGGCCGAAGCUCCAGCGCUUGCAGACCUCAUUGUGUCUCUGGAACAAGCCACUUUCAUGUUAAAACAACUCCCUUCCACCACUCACCAAACCCAUCUCCUCCAAAUCUCCACUUCCCUUCACACUGCCCAUCGCAAUCUCUCCAAUUUCCUCUCCAGAAUCGACUUCCCCCUCUCCGCCGUCAACCAAGAUGUCGACGGGAAUGAGCCGAUGGAGGUUGGGGAUGACGACGACGAGGCUGAACCAAGCGGAGAGAUUGCCGGGGGCACAAUUGACAAUGUCGAGGACAAGAUGCGGGGUUGCUUCAUAAAGAACAAGCGGCUCAAGCGGCCGCUUUCGCCAUCCACGGCGGCGGUGGCUGAGGAGAGGCGGUUGUCCGACGAUGGCUUUGUUGGCAGAGUGAAGGAGUUUGAUGCGCAUGCGAUGAGGUUGAGGGCUUUGGAUUUGGUGUACCAGUUUCAUGGGUGAAGAGAACAGGGGAUUGAAGAAACGUAGACUAUUUAUUUCUACUCUUCAGCAUGAAGGCAGAGGUUUGUUCAUCAUUUUCUAGUGCUCACGAGGCAGAUAGGCUUAAUUGACAAGAAGAGCUACUGAGCUAAUUUUAUUUUGUGAAUGUCUUGCUUCAUUUAUCAAUCUUCAACAUAUUCUUUAAUGAAAUCCGUAAGUUUUAUUAAUCGCAAGACAUAUUUAUUUA